AUGUUGACUGACAACACACAAAAAAACACAGAUAUAAAUAAAUGUGUGAAGUCGAGUGUUGGAGCCCAAAGUGUUUUAUCCUUUUUAAGUUCCCUCAAGUCAGAUGUGUUUUUAAUACAACAAUGUGCAAUACCUUUUUUAACUAAUUACAAGCAAUGGGAACAACUGUGGCCACACAAGUCAAUAUGGAGUGGAUCAAACAACAACAGGAAUGAUGGGGUGGCCAUUUUAAUUAAUAACUCACAGGUGUUGGUGAAGGGAAGCACUGUGGUAAGAGAGGGUCGAGCACUUUUAGCACAUUUGUCUUAUGUGGGAUAGGAUUUUAAACUUUUCAAUAAUUAUGACUUUAAUGAAACGAAUGAUGGGUAUGACCUUUUAGAGUAACUGCAAUCCACCAUGCUGUGCAGGGUACCAUUGAUUAUUGGGGGAGAUUUUAACUGUAUUUUAAGCAGGAUGGAUAGGAAAGGUGCAGGGGAUUUUAAAAUAGACAAAACAUCAGUGUUACUCCAAAACAUAUUUAGAGAUUUUAAGUUAACCGAUUGUUUUAGAACUAUGCAUCCAAGAGAGAAGGGCUUCACCUGGUUCAGUGGUGAUGGCAGAGCUUCUCGCAUAGAUUUUUUACUUACUAAAGACUGUCCACCAAAGGAAACUAAAUUAACGUUUUUUUCAGAUCUGAUGAUUUCCAGCACUCUUACACUUUGUUCGGGUGUAACAGUGGGUAAAGGUCUGUGGAAGCUGAACAGCUCCCUUUUGGUAGAUGCAGACAUUGUUAGACAGUACAGGGAGCAGUAUAAAGAUUGGCAGACGUUACAAGAUUUUUAUGAUACACGUGCACACUGGUGGGAGAUGGUGAAGUGUAAAACCCAAACGUUUUUUAAAGCAGAAGGGAAAAAGAAAAACAAACAAAAUAGAUGCAUGCUUGGAUUGCAGAAACACCUACAAAGGUAUUUUAAGCUAAAUCGGGAGGGCCUUGAUUUUAAUGAAGAGAUAAGACAAGUUAAAGCAGUAAUUGCAGAAACACAAAGUAAAGGAGUUAUUUUAAGAAGCAGAGAAAGAGAACUAGAAGAAGGAGAAAAAUGCACAAGGUACUUUUUAAAGAAAAUUGUCAGCAAAGGGGAGGGUGUUUUAAAGCUUAAGAAAGCAGAUGGUUUCUUCACUAGUAAUACCGAAGAAGUUAAAUCUACGGUGGAAGAGUUUUAAGGGACAACUGUAUGGUAAGAAACAAAUCGACACAAAACUACUGAACUCGAAAAUUUUAUGGACACAACUAAAAUGAAUGCUGAACCCUUAUCUCACAAUUUUACAAUUUUAGAAAUGCAAAAAUGUAUCAAUAGUUUAAAAAAUGGUAAGUCCCCAGGCUCAGAUGGACUUCCUGUAGAAUUUUAUUUUACAUUCUGGGACAUUUUAGCACCUGACUUACUUGUGGUUUUCAAUGACUUGGAAAAUCUUGACAGACUUCCAGAAAGUUUGAGAGUAGGGACAGUGGCUCUCAUCCAUAAAGGGAAAGACAAAACUGACUUAAACAACUGGAGACCAAUUACACUUUUAAAUGUAGAUUGUAAACUUUUUGGUAAACUUUUAAGUACACGUAUGUCCACUAUUUUAGAAGAUGCAAUUCAUCUGGAUCAAAUCUGUGCUGUGCAUAGAAGGAGGAUCACAGACGGCCUCGUACUGAUCAGAGACACCAUCUGUUAUGUGAGAGACAGAAACAUUAGAUUAAUAGCACUAAAUUUAGACUUUGAUAAAGCUUUUGAUCGGGUCUCGCACCAUAUGUUUUAGGUACUGCAAAAGGUGGGUUUCAUAAAAAGGUUGAUAUCUUGGGUGGGUCUGCUGUACAGGGAUGUCAGUAGUCAAUUUAUGGUUAACGGGCGUUUGAGAAAAGCAGUAGCAGUGAACUGUGGUGUCCGUCAGGGUUGUCCUUUAUCCCCUGUUCUAUAUGUGCUCUGUAUAGAGCCACUGGCAGAGGUCCUGAGAAGGGAUGAAAGAAUCAGAGGAAUUGGGAUACCAGGUAGUGGGGGACAAAUAAAAUGUGUUUUGUACAUGGAUGAUGUCAAUAUUUUAUACACUGACCUUUUAUCUGUAAAUAGGAUAUUGGACCUAACUGAAAUUAUAGCACUUAUGCACUUAGCACUUAGCACAUUCUGUGGAGCCCUCAGAUAUGAAGGCAGGGCGUUCCACAGCCGAGGGGCAGCGCAGGAGAAAGCCCGGUCUCCUGUUGUGCAGGAUCGAGACCUGGGAGUACACCUGGAGGCAAAACCUAUGAAUACCACCGAAGCGAAAUGCAUGGCGUUCGUGGGAGCCCGGAACUACCAAUAUCCUGAGGAGGCACAGAACCGAGAAAUAGCAGCUCUCCGUCUGAUGGUAUUGCAGAACAGGAUGGUGCUCGACUUGCUGAACGUAGCACAAGGUUUAUGGGAGCAUUACCCAACAACAAGCCUACACUUGAAAUACGCUACUGACCCAUCCAGACACCCUAAAACAACAGGCAUGACUAGAUUCUGGAUGGGCUCUUAUCUGAGGAAAUUUAAUUUAAUAUCAAAAGACCUUAGAGUACCAGUAUCUUUUCACCUGUCAGAUCCAUAUAGCUGCAUGCAGAAAUUUUUAAAGUAUUUUAACUUAGAAAAGGAAAAUACAAAGACUUUAACCAAACAUCGUGCACUGAUCUCUCUUGUGCAGGAGCGAGAACCAGUGAGCAACAUACCGGGUUUCACAGGCAGUGAUCCCGCCAGAGUGUGGGAAAAUGUAAAUCACGCUGCUCUGCCCAACAGACUCAGAGACCUGUCAUGGAUGGUGGCUCAUGGGAUCCUCCCAGUCAGAGCCGUCAUGCACUCCCGGGGAAUGUCAGCAAUCUCAAGCUGUUCCCGACCUGGCUGUGGCGCUCCGUCGGUGAGACAUCUGCUCUGGGAGUGCAGUGUUGCCGUAGACCAGAGGGCAACAGCCGACUCCUCACAAUUCCCGUACUUGCCGACAAGGGAGGUCCUGACAGCACAGCUAAUACUGUAUGGGGUGAGCCAAAUGACACUGGGAAGGAAGGAAUUCACAAAGCAAUGGCUCACCCUGGCCGCCAUCAAAGACGCCAUGUGGACCCACAGAAACUUGCUGGUAAGGAAGCACAUGCAGAUCCCCCCGGUGGCUGUGAUCCAUAUGGCUGCAGCAACCGUCCAUGAAGUUGAAGCUGCAAGUGGCAAACCUAGGACACAGCCACAAAGAAGCAUCGCCUCUGUGCCCAUUCGGAGGGAGGAGUCUGUGCUACACGCGAAAGGUCAAAGCAGCAGCGGCCUGAAUCUCCGGGAGAGGCAGGUGCUGGAGAUGUUUAGGAAACGAGACGAACGAGCCGGAGGAUAUUUUAACAUUGUGGACCUUCCGAAGAUGCUGUGCCUGGUGAAGACGGACACUACGGACGGGAAGAAAUCGGUGGUUUUCAGACGGCUGAGGGGAUGGCUGCUGGAAAUCUGCCCAGAGCUGAGCUGA